AGCUUGGAUGUCUGGAUGCAGUCCCUGCUCUCAUUAGGCCUUCGUGUGGGGACAGCUCAGUACCGAUCUAAGAGAGCACUGAAGUUAGAGAGCUAUACAGGAGAAAAUGUACACAGAGUAACACCUUUGAAGACGGGAAAGAAAAACCUAAACAUGUAUUCACCACUGACAGGAACAUGCCAAAUUGGUCCGUUUUCAUCUCCCACGAGUCAUAAUGUACAAAAGCUCAGAAAUGGUCCAUCAAAUGGAGCAAGAGUUCAUCUGGACGAUGCAGAAAUCAGAUUAUCCAGAAGAGGGCAGCCUCAAACAGAAGUGGAUAAGUUCAUGGAAUUGCACUCUGAAGUUGAAAAUUCAUUGGAGAGAUUUCUGAAAAUAAGGCAAAAUUUAACAAGCUUACAGGCUUUAGGGGGCAGUAAAGAGCUUGAAAAUAUUAUCGGCAUCUCAGCAUCCUCAAGUAACUUGAAAACUGAAUUGCAGAAAACCAGAAAACUAAUGGCUCAAGUAGGAAAGCUAAAGCAGCAGAAGAGGAAUAAUGCUGAGCAUCCUGUCCAAGAGUACAGUCAGCCUGGUAAUAGCUAUGAAUUUUUCAAGUCCCUCCUUGACUGAGGCAUUAUGCGUCAACCCAGAGUUCUCCAUCUGCCAGAUUGAACUUAAAAGGAGAGAAGAAAUGACUGUAAAUCUAUCUCCCCAGCAAAUGCCAGUUAAGGAUUGCUCACUGCACGAGGCAGGUGCACAUCUAGAUACAAUUUCUGGCAUCUAAUUUAAUCUUUACAAUGUGCACAACAAAAUAAUCUCAAUGUAAAUAAUACAGUUCUUCAUGGCUCUUUUAUGCAAGUGUUUGUACUAAGAACUGAUGUAGAUUUCCUGAUGUAUAAAUGUAAACUUUUUCUGUGUGGAGUCAUUACAAACAAUAAUUGUUCUGCCUUGGUAUACAGGCUGCAAUCUGCUUUUAGAGUUGGUCAGGAAGAAACUGUAUGCUCAGGGAUGAACACUGGUUCCCAGGCCUUCAGAGCGACUGAAAAUUUCACAGUAAUGAUAUGCUCCAUUUCUGUGGGAAUGGAUGCCAGUUUUACCAUGAGCUGUGAUGACUGCUUGCCAGUUUGUAGGGCUAUAUUUAUGCAGUUCAUCAGCCCACCCAAACGUUAGCAAGAUGCCAUUUAAGAGAAGUUGUGCCAGUUCCAUGACAUUUUCAGCAAAUGCUUUCCAUACCCCACAUGUGGCCUUUACAAAUAUUUUUUGAUCAAAUGAUAUAGAAAACUAGAUCAUGUUAGGAAUUACUCUGUAUACUAUAUACAUCUGUGUUAUGUUCACAUUUAGUUACUUAUGACCUUAUUUCUAUUCUACAUGUAGAAAUAUUAUAGAGUGCUAAUAAAGGUAUCCAAAUUGGUUCCUUGAUUUUUUUUUCUCAAACAGGUGAGUCCUUAACUGAUGAAUGAUAGUAAGCAACUUACUCCAAUUUGGAUACUGCAGUAAGAACAAGGGAAGAGUUGCUAUAAAAGCAAGCUUGCUAUUUUCAUCCAUUGAUCCAUCUGAUUGAUUGCCCUGAAAAUUCUCUACCACCUUUUGUUAGACAUUUGCCAAAUUUGUACAGCCAGCAAUAGCCAGUAUGUUGCUUAAGUACAUUGUGAGAUAUACAAAAAGAUACAGAAAUUUGAAUGCUGUCCUUCCCACCAAUGUAAAUUCCUGCUUUUCAAACUGGGUGAACACCAUUAAACCAACCUUUAAGCUUGUCUGGCCUAUGUAGGCUGUACUGCCAUACCUAGCCAGAAAUGCUUCCAGUCCAGGUGCAGUAUGUACUGACAAAAAGCAGUUCAGUCAGCAUAGAUUUGCCACCUCCCCAAAAGACUGAAGCCAGGAAGAACAGUUUCCUCUUGGCAUGACUGUGUCUGUACAAGAAGUUUUGCUGGCAUAGCUCUAUCAGCUAGGGAGUGUGAGGUUUUCUUUCCCCGGGAAAAUUUUAUUUUGAAUAUUUAGCCUGUGUAAAAGUACCCGUCAAAGUUAGGAGAGACCAUCAGCAAUUCUAAAACUAUAUAACAAUAAUCAUUUGUACCUUAACAGCCGUAAGUUGGAAUAUUCAGUGUUGGUAAUAAUUGUUCUAAGGAAAAAACUGGAAAUGCAAGGUUAUGUUAAGAGCUUGUCCAGAUAUUACUUGCAUGUGUGAUGUUAUUAAAGCAGUUACUGUUUCUUUGA